AUGUCGGUUCCAGCCCGCUUUUCCAACUCGGACGCGCACAAGACGCCCGACGAGAUUGUCGUCGUCCGGCGGCGGUCGACGGCAAGCACGCUGCCUGGCGAGCCUGGGACUCAGCCGGGCGCAUCCAGGAACCGGCUACCAUCGUCGUCCUCCGGGUUCCGGCUCACCGUCGACCACAGCAGCCGCGUCGUCGACCGAACGCGUGGAGGAACUGGAGAUCGCCGUCGUCUGACAGGCGGGCAGCAGGACGGAAAUGGCUCGGUGAGUGUCGAGCAGAUUUGUGGUCACCAGAUCCAGCGCGCACUCGCGGUCGUUGACGGGGAGGCUAUUCCGCCAUUGGACGAGCCCGGCGAGCUGUCGUCGUCAGUGACGAUCGCAGACGGUGACGCCGUUUCGCUGGCUGUUGCCGUUGGACGGUCCGAGAAGCCUUCCGUCCACGACACUGCCUCGGGAGACGAGGAACUGGAGAUCGUCGCCGUUCGGCGACGUUCGAUAGACGGUGAGUCGCGAGACAGCUACAUUCAGUGGAGAACGGCGGGACUGCUCACGCUGAAGACUCGCUGGACAGAGUCCAGCUCGUCGUCGUCUUGGACGGGCUGUGCUUGUCUCACGGUUGGAGUCCAAAACCAUCCCGGCGCGGCGAGGAACUGGAGAUCGUCGCCGUCUGGCGGCGGUCACCUGGACAGCAGAUGGGCACCCACUCAAGCAAUGCAUGACCUGCUGAUGGUCACCGGUGUCGACGUCGAACACCUGUCGGUCGUGACGGCUAUCGGUUGGAGCCGCCUCGUCUUUCCGCGGUCCGCGGUCACGAUAGAUCCACAUGUUACACCACUUCCAGAUACCGAGCUUGCCAACAUCACUGGCAGCUCUGCGGCGGCAGCGUCACUGAGGUCGGAUCAAGCCGCAGAGUGGGACUCGUUGACGGGCUACGCGCCGCAGCAGCUCGUUGCAUUGUGUGCGGCCAGUUUGCCGAUCCGGAUGCGCGCGCCUGUCUGGAGCGAUAUGAGUAAAGACGGCACAACAGUCGAGGCAGACGGGGCAUACCUGGCCAGUCUAAGACACGGUUCGGAGGGUUCUGCCCUCCCCACAUUGGGGCAGGCAUCCGCCGAGCCAUUCGACACAGACCUGUAG